AUAUAUCACAAUCAAACGUGUUGAUUAAGCAAGUGUUUGUUUAAAUGUCUAUCUGUGUAGCUUUACUUUCAGCACUUCAGGAUGGUCUCGGGGUUAAAGUGUGUUCACUUCCUGUAGGAUCCAAGCGAUGGCUGGACUGGAGGAGAGAGAUCGAGCUGCUGUCAGACCUGGCAUACUACGGUUUAACCACAUUGUCAGGUUACCAGACCCUGGGCGAGGAGUAUGUCCACAUGGUCCAGGUGGACCCCACUAAACACCGGGUCCCCUCCCGGGCCAGACGGAGCCUCUUUGUCCUCCUCCACUCCUUCUUCCCUUACCUGCUGGAGAAGGUGCUGGUGAGCCUGGAAAACGAGCUGGAAGGCGGGGGGGCGAGGCAGCGGCAGGCCGCGUCCUGGUCGUGGAGCCUGGAGGCCUGGCUGAGGAGGGGGGUGCAGAGGGUGGUGGGGCUGCUGCCGGAGCCCCAGAGGAGGGCCUGCCUCCCGGCUGUGUCUGUCCUCCGGCAGGCUCUCACCCUGCUGCAGCACCUCCAUGUGGCUCUGUUCUACCUCAGCGGAUCCUUCUACCACCUGUCCAAGAGGGCGGCUGCCAUCAGAUAUCUGCGUGUGUCGGGGCUCCAGGGCGAUGACAGCACCAUCAGGAGCAGCUACAGGCUCCUGGGGGCCCUGUCCCUGCUGCAGCUCCUCAUCACUGUGAGUCUGCAGCUCAACAACUACAGGAAGAAGCAGAGAGCCCGGCAGGAGUGGCAGCUCCACAGGAACCUCAGUCCUCAGCACACACACAGCGGGGGGGGGCCCCAGGGGGCCAGCUGUAUGCUCUGCCUGGAGGAGCGCAGACACUCCACCUCCACGCCCUGCGGACACCUCUUCUGCUGGGAGUGCAUUACAGAGUGGUGCAACACCAAGGCGGAGUGCCCCCUGUGUCGGGAGAAGUUCCAGCCCCACAGACUGGUUUACCUGAGGAACUGCAGCUAGCACACAGACUGGUGUACCUUUGGAACUGCAGCUAGCACACAGACUGGUGUACGUGAGGAACCGCAGCUAGCACACUGACUGGUGUACCUGAGGAACUGCAGCUAGCACACAGACUGGUGCACUGAUGCGUGUUAACCCUCUCAGGAACACGUGGAGACACAACAGAACUUUGUGCCAACAUUCUGCAGUUCUUGAAGUAUAAACCUUUAGCCUCUUAUUAUUUAAAAAAAAAAAUUAUGAACUGCCUCUUUUGUUUAUUUUCAACAGAAGUUGCUGAUUGAGAAUAACAUUAUUGAUUGUAUCAGUCGAAAUUGUGUAAAUAUAACCUUUUAAUUCAUUAAAAACCUUUGAUUGGAAUAAAAUAUGGGUCAAAUAUGUUGCUAUUGCUCACGAGGUUUUUAAUCAGGGUAAGACGGACAUGUUUUUGAUUUAAGAUUUAUUUGCCCUACAGUAUUUAUUAUCUUAACAUUCACUGGUGUGUUUAGUCUUCUUAUUUUGCUAUAAAAGCUUGACUGUUGUAUAAUACAAGCCGUGUCAAAAGAUGUCACAAAACUACAGAUGCAUAAAGAUCAGAAUGCAGGUCAACUGAGAUGAUGGCUUUUAUUGUUACCAAACAAAUCUGCUUAAUGCUGUGGCCCAUUGUAUCAUUUAGAAA